UUCAAAAUCGAAGUCGGUAAAACCAAACCCUAAAAUCCUCCUCCCUUUGUAUCAUCGAAUCAAUCAAAGCCGUAACUUUAUAUAGAGAAAAAAAAAACUGUGGAGAUUUCUGAUGCCUGCAAAUUGAUGAAUUAAAAUGGCGAGAAUCAUCAAAAAAGCGAUAACCCCGAUGUUACUGGCGUAUUCGAGGAGGACCGCGCUUAGAAAUUACAGCACUUCUUCUUCCAUCUUCAUCAACCCCCAAUUGAAGAAGAACAGUAGUACCAGUAUUAGCCUUAGUAGUAGCAGUUUAAUUUAUGAAAUUCGGACUCCAACUCGUGAUUUCUCGUCUUCUUCUAUCGAUAAGAAGGGACCGUCUGGAUCUGGUAAAAUCAUAGGUACCGGUGAGGAAGCUGAAGAUUUUCUUAAAAAGGUUGUGGAGACACCAAGUGGAUUUCCCUUCAAAAUUGAAGAUAAACCAGGGGAACAAACCAUAACAUUGACCAGAAAAUACAUGGGUGAUUAUAUCAAUGUCAUAGUUCACAUGCCUGGUUUCUCUACUGACGUUAACAAGGAGGAAAAUGGUGAUGAUUCGGAUGACCAGAAUAACCAAGAGAAGGAUAGCGUUAAUGGUCCACAGUCCAGCAUACGCUUAAUUGUAACUGAUACGAAUUUUCGCGGGACUACUUUGGAGUAUGGUGUAAUUGCUUAUCCAGAUGAGUUUUCCAUAGACAGUUUCUGUAUCAAGUAUGCAUAUGCUCCAGAUGAAGAAAAUAUAUAUUACAAAGGUCUUGAUUAUGCGAAAUUGGAUAAGAACUUGCAGAAAGAAUUCCAAAGACGUUUGAAGCUCUUCGGGAUCAUACCCAGCACCACCAACUUCUUACAUGAGUACAUGGCUAACAGAGACAUGUACUCUUCACAUUCAUCCAAUUCUCCUACUCUUACUGACCAGAUCACUCCUGAAUCCCUCUUAACAACAUUUUUGAAUGAUGAAGGGAUUCCUGCUGACCCUGCAGUCGAACAAUAUAGAAAAAGAGGACAUCCACUUGUCAGUGCUGAGGAGAUCCGCAAUAACGGAAAGCAUCCCAAGGACUUCAUUUGGAUUCCAUAUCCAUAUCAUCGUAGUGAGACGCUAUUGUGGAUUGAAGUUCCUAGCAAGGGUUUCUAUGCUUCUGAAAGAGAAAUUGAAGAAUACUGUAUGGAAGCUUUCGGCGGGGAAGAUUACCUUGAUGGGGAAGCUUACGACGCGAAUCCUUAUAGAUGUUUGCGUGGCAAAGCAUUUGGGGACCCACCUGUUAUAUCCGAAGAGAUGGAUAAGAUAUUGUAUCCUAAUUUGAAACAUGCCAAUGAUCCUAAAAAAGGUUGUAAUGUUGCCCUACGACCAUACUUUGCUGAGAUGAAUAAGAUAAUGUUUCGUCCUGAUCGAGAUCCUGAUGUUGCUAUAUUUGCAAGUCAAAUAAAUGAUGGAGUAUAUCCAGCAUAUUGAACGUGAAGUUUGAGAUUGGAUCACCGUUUCUGCUCUUUUAUUUUGCUCAAGAUCUUGUUUUGCUCUUAUUGUGUAUCAUUUCAUUCGGGUGUGUUUUUCUUUUACCGGGAGUUCAGUAAAAAUAAUCAAACUAUUAAGCAGUUAAGAGAUUGUCAAAUUCAUCUUAUCCACCGGCUUGCUUAAGAGUCUCCCAAAUAUCAUGUUCUACACACCGGUACGGUGGUUAUUUAUUCACUAUAGAUUAAAGCAAAUGGAAAUUGUAUUUGUAGCAAAUGGAAAUUGUAUUUGUGUAGUAUUAUCGGUUCUCCUUUUUUUUCCUCUUAA